UUUUUCACAAAAAUUCCUAAUCAGUUCAAUUAUAAUCGCCAAAUUUCUCGACGUGGCAAAUUAUUAAAUUCACGAUAAGAGAUAAGGAUUUAACCAUUUUAUAAAGCACGAAUUGAUCACUUCUUUUUUUCACUUGCCGAGUGAUCCAGUUCAAAGGAACUGACGGGAAAAAAUGGGGGAGAAUAGUAUUCUUGAAUAUCUGAUGGUAAAUCACCGUUGGAUUUUCGUGAUAUUUUUUCUACUACCAAUUUCAUUUGUCUAUGAAAUUUUCAACUACACGAGAAAUUGGAUUGUUUUUCGUUUAAGUACAGCACCAACGGAACAUGGGAAAAAAGUUCGCGAAGUCCAAAGACAGGUGAAAAAAUGGAACGAAAGUGGAAGAAAGCAACAAAUGUGCACAGCUCGUCCAACAUGGCAAACAAUGAGUUUUCGUCAAGGAACUUACAAAUCGUCAAUGUUCCAAGUUAAAGUGAAUUUAAUCGACGUUCUCGAAGUGAAUGUCGAGAAAAAGUUUGUUCGAGUGGAACCAUUAGUUUCAAUGGGUCAACUUUCGGCGACUUUGGAUCCUCUUGGAUGGACAAUUCCAGUUGUUCCGGAACUUGACGAUUUAACUGUCGGUGGACUGGUUAUGGGGACAGGUGUCGAGUCAAGUUCACAUAAAUUUGGCCUCUUUCAACAUAUUUGUCGAGCCUAUGAAAUUGUCCUUUGCGACGGUUCCGUUGUAAAAUGUACAAAGGAAAGUGAUCCUGAACUAUUUCACGCCAUCCCCUGGUCUUAUGGUACACUCGGAUUUCUCGUUUCCGUCGAAAUUGACAUCAUUCCUGCAAAAAAAUACGUGAAACUUGAAUACGAACCAGUGACAAAUUUAAAGCAAGCUAUGGAAGUUUUCAAGCGACAGACUUAUGCAAAGGAAAAUAAUCACUUUGUCGAGGGUCUAAUGUUCACCAAAGAAACUGGAGUCAUUAUGACUGGAAAUAUGGUUUCCGAGCCAGAGGAGCAUUUAGUCAAUCAAAUUAGUCGUUGGUACAAACCUUGGUUUUUCAUUCACGUGGAGAAAAAAUUGCGAACUGGUCCAUGGAUUGAAUAUAUUCCACUACGUGACUAUUAUCAUCGUCAUUCACGUGCCUUAUUUUGGGAGGUCCAAGACAUCAUUCCAUUUGGAAACAAUAUUCUCUUCCGUUAUUUAUUCGGCUGGAUGAUGCCACCGAAAGUUUCACUUCUCAAGUUAACACAAACCGAGGGCAUUAAAAAAAUGUACGAAAACAAUCAUACCAUUCAAGACAUGCUCGUCCCCCUCGAUCAUCUGGAAGAAACAAUUACUAAAUUUCACGAAAUUGUCAAGAUUUAUCCACUAUGGCUAUGUCCAUAUAAAUUGACACCGGAACCAGGAUUUGUUCAUUCAAGAACAAAUAAAGAUGACAUGUACGUUGACGUUGGUGUUUAUGGAACGCCAAAAGUGAAGAAUUUCGAACCAGUGAAAUCAACAAGAGAAUUGGAAGAUUAUGUUCAAAGUAUCCAGGGUCAUCAAAUGCUUUAUGCCGAUACAUAUAGAACAAAAGAAGAAUUUGAAAAAAUGUUUGAUCACACGCUUUAUCGAAAAUUAAGAGAGAAAUUCCAAUGUAAACACGCCUUCCCCGAGGUUUACGGAAAAGUUAAUAAGAGCGUACGAACAUGAUUUAUUCUAAAACAAUAACAACAACAUCGAAAUCUCUGUUUUGUACACAAAAAUAAACAUACUGAAAUUUUUAAAACA